AUGAAGUCGCAUGCUUCCUGUUUGGGAAACAACCUGGUGACUAAUAAUACGCUUCGCCAGCUUUCACGUCGCGAGCGAGCUCAGUACCCGAGCAACCACAUUCUUUGCAACUCCUCAUGUUAUGGAGAUUUCCCUCAGAGCAACGCUGGCGUAGCGUCCCUGGAGAAUGAUGGUGCCAUCAUUCACAUUCUCACAGAUUUUCACAUCGCCCCUCUCCAAGGACCAACCGUCCUUACCACUGACUGGGCAGCAUCAAAGAUGCAUGAAAUGCGCACCAUCCUCUCGCGGAGCUACGCUAUCUGGACACACCACAUGUGUCGUUCGCUCGGAGAGACGCCAGCCACACGAUUGCGCAAUCAAAAUCGUAAAGGUGGAACUCUGAGGGCUAUGCCUGUGCGGUUUACAAAAGAAGAGGAUGAGAUGAUUCUGAAGUAUAGAGAUGAGGGUAUGACAUUUGAUACCAUUGCAAAUCUCCUUCAACGAGCCAGACCGAGCAUUCGGACCCGAUUCGCGAGGUUGGCAGAAUCAAAGGGCCCGGCUCCGGCUAAGGGGCUCUUCAGUGAAAGUGAAGAUCAGGUUCUCUUCGAGCGGCGCAGGUCGGGACAUAGCUUCAAGGACAUUGCUAAGGAGCUUGGACGUUCUUAUUGGGUUGUUGCGAACCGAUUCCACUCCAUAGUCGCUCGGAGAGAUCUCCGUCACUACAGAAGGGCAACGCCUAAGCAAGCCUCUGCUCGAAUUUCAGAAGAUGAUGAUUCUCUGAUCAUCCAACGAAAGGCUGAGGGUGCUACAACCGUUCAAAUAGCCCGAGAACUGCGAAUCGAAAGCCCGAAGGCUCACAAAGUCGUCGCUAGUCGUUGGAGAACACUUCAGCUACAGCACAAUGUUCCACUCCCUUGGAGCACACAUGAACCAGUCACAGCGGAACUUGCGCGUCGCGUAAUCGAGCUGAGAACAGCGGGCAACAGCUUCGGGGAGAUCGCUGUUCUCGAGGGAUCCUCCGUAAGACGCGUUGAGGGCAUAUUUUAUCGCAGAAAGCGACACCUAGCUGGCAAGCGGACAACCCCUUCCGAUGUUCUUCCAAACGCCAAUUCCGAACAGACUUGCAAACUUCUGCAACUUCCUCAAGCUAGUGUCCAUGGUCUUCAUCAAAGGCAGAAGCGGGCGGGUCCGCAGAAAGACCUGCGAAGGUGGACGCCUGAGCAAGACGAACAAUUAUGGCGGCUCCUGAUGCAGAAUGGCAGAGAUUGGGAAGCGCUCCGUUUGCAGAUGCCAAACCGCACUGUAGAAGCCAUACGGAAGCGCUACCACAGAAUUAGGGACGAUAGCGCUGUACCGACACGAUGGCUGCAUCAUUCCUUAGCCGCACAAGACUUUGCGGUCAACGCAGAACAAUCAUUGAAGAAGCGACCAUUCGUCUUGAACUGCGGGCGACAGAUCACGUCUGCCUUUUUUUGUGCCGGUGAUGCAGCAUUAGAAGUGUUUGGGUUGAAAGAGGCUAUCGUUGCGUUGCGAGGCAAGACAUUUAAGGCUCUUUCCCGAUUUGAAACAUGCAUGUGGACAAACGGCGCCUACCCGAACGGGACAGGCGACGUGCGACUGCUUCACUUACAACACUGCUCCUCAGCGCAAACUCACUUGCAACUUCAGCUACACCUCGUUUUCCCACCUCCCUACCACAUGCCAGCACAUCAUCGACCUAGAACACGUCGCUCAGCACAGGCGCCAGUCGGUCGUCUCCCGUUGGGAACUCCUUCUCUUGAUAAACACAUUGCAGAGGCCAAGGCGGCAAAACUAAACAACGCGCAUAGCGACAGCGACAGUCCAAACAACACUUCCGUCAAUACAGCUGCCAGUCACACCAUGUCUGAUGUCGAGAACCACGAGUCUGCCGCUGCUCGCGCGGAGGCUAAGCUGCGUCGCCAGCAAGAGCGCAUUCAGCAAGCUGAUCCCAUGAUCAAGCCUGUCGAGAAGCCGCGUCCGUCCCGCAAGCAAGCAUGGAAGCCACUCGACUUGAGCGAUCUGAUGCCGCCGCCGCCGCCGAUGCCCAAUGUCGACGAAGUCCGUGUCAAUAGAUACCCUGCACAGUCGCGAGACACUUCAUUGUCACGCUCAAUGUCCAGCUUGUCGCAGCAGACCGCUGCCACAGGAGGUGUCGAGAUGGACCGCAAUGACUCGGCAACCAUGUACGACAAUGCAGGCUUUCAAAUGUAUACAGGUCGCCGGCGCACGCGACAGGCAAUGACAGAGCAGAGCGCAAACGGCGAGCCGCCAGUUCAGGACAAGCCGAAGACUGUCGAGGCAGAGUAUGAUCAGAAUGAGAUCCUCAAGGUGUUCAAGAAACAACUUCCAGGAUUAGACUAUCUUACUACCAACGCUGGGAUGGCUGACGGUGAGGUUCACUUUGUGCAGCAUCCAAAUGGCGAUGUCUCUGCACGGAUCUGGUCAGCCAAGGACUAUGAGUGGUGUCCGAUAGGCCACUUCUCCAACAUCCGCAAGAAAGUUGAGGGUCAGCUGGCAGGUGAUAGGUUGAAGGGCGAGACAGCAUACCAAAAGCUUCAGCAAAACACGCUCGCGUACUUUAGGAUACUCGCAAAGCAGCGAGAGGCGCUCGCUAUGGGUAAGCCGUUCGGUCAAAACGACAUCAAGCAGGCUUUACCAGAGCCUCAACAGCCGGGAUCUUGGUGGCUGCUCGUUGGAGACAACUUGUCGCCUCAACAGCCUCGCCUGCAAUCAAUGACCAGAAAACCGAAGCCUUACGAGCCCCUCGGAACUUUUAACACGAUCUCUGCGGGCCCGCAUCGUGACCCUGCCACCCCGACAUCACAUUCUCGACGAGAGAACACCAUGCUGCCCGAGGUUCGAUCUGCGAUGCUGGAUCAGCUUCACCAGCUCGGCGACAGAGCAUCCAAGCGCAGCAUGAGCAACAUUAAUCUCGCGACUCUCUCCCGGACAGUCAUGAAUGAUCCCUACCAACAGACCGAGCCAAGCGAAUACGAUGAGGAGCACACGUCACCACCGUUGUCGAUGUCGACACAGUAUUCAAGGCCACAACCAAUUACGAAUAGCUCAUUCCCUGUUGCAAUCAGUCAUGCAGGUGAUAUCAAGGCGCCUACUGCCACCCGACGCGGCAUGUUCGGUGCUGAGUUUGAGGAGAUGUGCGCUGGCUGGCAAGACUCACAGCUCCGACCAGAGCAGACCGAGCGGAAGACCAGCGUUCUCACGAAUGGCAGCGUUCCUGAUGUGGGCUAUGAAAAGCAGACUCCAACGACUUACAACACAGAGCCAAUUGGAUCUGGAAAGCCCACGCAUAAGCCCCACGAUGUUGAACUGAAUGAUUGGUGGACAUCUGGCCAAAAGUUCGCGCGUCAAGGUACGCCUUCUCAAGAAGACCUUUUGGACUUUUAUCGUCAUAUUAUAAGCACGGCUCCGCCUAAGCCAAACCCACCUGCAACUUUGUCCACGCCGCAGAAGACUUCCUUUGGCACACCUGUUACGCAGCCACGUCCCAUCGGAGCUCCAAUGAUGAAUCGCGGCAAUUCAGCAACUCAGAAGUCCGAUGCUAUUCCCGAAGCAGACAAGGUUGAUAUCACUCGCCUACUCAUUCCUGUAUACGAGAAUCUUGCGUCGUAUACACAAGGUCCGAAUCGCCGUGACUACUGGUGUCGUUGGUCCCAACCGCCGGAGUGGUGCAUUGACCGCAGUCCCAAGGGCAACGAAUCCUUUUUCGACAGCGUUUGGGGCCAGCCUCCUGCUCGCGUUGGUCGUGACCCUAGGUAUCGUAACAUGCCGGGCGAGCUGAGAUUUGGAGGCUUCUCUCCAGGUUACAGCCAACAGAGCUCCGCUGCUGUGGGCAGCCCGGGUGCUGUCAAGGGUACCACAGGCAGCUUCGGCAGUGUGGGUAUGGCAAUGGGUGGUGGCUCUCUCGGACGCCUAGGUUAUGCGGAUGCUGUUGGGGAAUGCCAUCACCCCAACACGAUACUACGAAUGGUCUCAGACUAUUCAAGUAUAGACUCUGAAAAGAAGCUGGCUUUCACUUCACCAGUCCGCGGAGUGGCGGAUUCUCGAGGUUCCAGAAGCACUUUGGCCGAAGGGCUGAGGACUUUGACUCAAAGCGCGAUGCUAAAACCUAGCAUGGCCAGAAUACUUCGAAAACCCCACGUCACCCUCUAUUAUGACGCUUUUUCGCCCAAGUCAUCAUCUAUGCACAUUUUCAUGUCAUGCGCCAAAGUGCUUCAAUCAAUCAGUCAAGAAUGAAGUGAUAAAAGUCAUUGCGCCACGCUCAAAAGUCUUCAAGAUGUCCAAACGGCUCUUGGUUUGGCACCGCACUAAAGGUUGCCGAUAUCUGGCGUCGGAUAUCUUCCAGAAGGCGUGAGGCCUGUGCCACUUGGGGCCGCUAUCAUGCCUCGCCCUCGACCACGUCCUCGACCACGACUGGAGAUGCCCACACCGGGUAGGGAGAAGUCGGGAUUUGCUGAGAGAAUGACAUCUUCUUUCCUCCUCAUAGCCGCACUCGCUGAGCUGACACCACUGUUGCCAGGGCCUCGAUAUGCUGCUGGUCCGAUGAAGUGACCGCCUCCUUGUCCUCCUGGUCCUGGUCGCCAAUUGGGGUUGAUGCCUCUUUGGCUGACAGAUGUGAAGUGAGAGGACUCUGAAGCCUCGCCUGGACUCCUGGCUCCAUCGGGAAUGGGCUCGAGAAAGCCGCUAGGAUAUUGGGCUGAUGCAACGUCCGAGCCGGCUUGGGAAAGGGCUCUUUGUGGCGAUGCUGAGUUGUCGGAAUGUCGUUUCUGGUCUAGAGAUGAGUCG